GAUUGAUUUCACGGAUAACAUGGCCUACGUCACUGUGCUUAUUCUGGGACAUCCUGCAAUUUCGGGCGACUACGCAGAGAUACCGAAAAUGAAAAUCAUGGAGCCCGAAUCGACGGAGGGAGCCAUCACGCGUGACAACUGUCUCAAGGCGUGCUCUUCCAAGGACUACAAGGACUGCAGCGCCGUAUCCUACUGUAGUUCAGUCUGUGCGACGACGACGAAGGCGAGUGUCAACUCGUCAGGCGUGCUCGUGAACUCGGGAGACUGCAGCACCUACGUGAAGACAGAACGUUCAAAAAAAAGGACGUCGUCCUCACCCGAGACGCCAUCUCGUACCUGGAAGAUGCACUACGAAAAAGCGAGUUCAAGAUUGUCGUGAAGCACCUCAACACAGUAAUAGUGGUUGGCACACUCGUUGCUGAAACUAUAGAGUACUCCACGGGAGGGUUGCGUAACAUGAUCGGAGAGUCGAACCCCGACUUGAGACACCUACACCAACGCAACAACUUCAACGCACCCGAAGGUUUCAAAGAAAACCUGGUGGUGACGGCGCUCAAGACGGACAAGCCCUACGGUCAGUACGUGGGCUCGUUCGAGUUGCAGGACUGCGCCGACGUCUGUCGCGACCGCGAGGACUGCUUCGCCUUCUCGAGCUGCCUGGUCGGCAAGCAGUGCGUCAUCGCCUCGGAGGCCCGAAAGCCAGAGUUCGAAGAGACCGAGUUCCAGGCGGACUGCACCAUGUACACGAAGUCGUACGAGGUGAACUUCGAAGAGCUGCCGGGCAUAUGCUACUCGUCCGCGGCGACCAAGUACGUGGGCGCCAGCCUCGCGUCGGAGUGCGCCGCCGCGUGCAUGAACGAGAAGGAGUUCACGUGCAAGGCGUUCGACUUCUGCGCGACCCCGCGCGAGGGGGGACUGUCCUGCCGCCUCCAGGACAGGAGCAUCCUGCAGGUCGACAACGCCAAGGACCUCGACCGAAGCGGCGCCGAGAAGUGCAGUCACUUCACGCGCAAGCACAUCAGCGACUACCGCAAGGAGCGGAGGGUCCGUCUGCUGGGCACCCCGCGCACGACAAUCAAGAAGGUGUCGGAGGCCGAGUGCGCGCGGCAAUGUUGGGAGGCCGCUUUUCAAUGCGAAAGGUUCGACCACUGCUCGGGCAAGAACGAACUCGGCAAGGGCGACUGCCUGCUCUUCGACGGCGACAAGGGAACCGACGGCACCGUCAUGUCGCCCAUUUGCAACUCGUACACGUACACGGGAAAAUAUAACGACGCGGUAGCAAGAGCGCCUCAGGCAUUUCACAGCAACGCGAAAGCAGCCGGCCUGUCUUUCUUCGUGGUAUUCCUGGGCGUCGGCAUCGUGCUCGCGGCUCUGUUCGCCUACGGCAUCUACAAGACCAGACGGGCCAGCCCACAGGAAUGAGAACGAGGAAAUAACGAAAAAAAAUAAAAUAAAAUAUAUUUAUUUGGACCAA